GAAAUUCGCCAUAUUGAAUCGAUUUGUUUUGCCGAAUAAGUUACGCCUAUAAUAGUCAGCAUUUGGCCACACGGCCUACACAAAUGAGGUUGGCCAUCAUCUGCGCGGUCAUUCUGGCCAUCUUUGCCAUUGUGGCAUCCGGUCAAAAAGAAAGGUGGAAAGGUUACAAGGACGAGGAAAGGGGGAAAAGAAGGUACUGGAAGAAGGUCAGUAAUGCGGAAUCGAUCGUUGGAAAUGAAAUAAGCAGAAACGCGUGAAAUGAUCUAACUGUGAUUAAAUCGAAAAUAUCUAAAUAAAACAUCUAAAUAAAAGUCUACUCUUUUAUUUGCAAUCUCAGGCAAUGCAAAUUAAUUCGAUUUAUUCGAAAAAAAACUUGGCUAACUAAAAUGAGGCUAGUAUUUCUAUUCUUAACCAUUUCCAAUCAAAAAAUUGAUUUAAGAGGAGAUACAAAUUUUUGACACUUAAAAGUGAAUUUUUAAUCAUAGUUAAUAAUUAUAUAAUUAAAUAGAAAGUACGUGUGACAACUGGGUUAGUUGGUGUUUAAUCUAAAUGGCAGCACCAUAAUCCAUAUCAAAUUAUUUAGAUCCACUUAGAUCGUGUUGGAUAUAUAAAGCGGCCAAUAGAAGCCCAUUUAACCAAAAUGAA